AAAAUUCACAUUCACAGUAAAUAUAUAUACGAAUGAAUGCUUUGAUGAAAGGUUGCAGUGCUAUGCUAUUCAUUUGCUUGUAAGCAAUCUUUUCUCCCGCGAUUUAAGGUGGUUUUUGGUUUUCACUCUCUCUUUCUCUCUGCUUUUCGCUUCCAUUUCGAUCUAUCCAACCUCCUCGCUGUUCCCGAUUCUAGGGUUUCCCCCGUUCCUGAUUCGAUUUGGGAACCCGAGCCGCUAGGGUUUCUGCGCCCUGCCAGAUCCGAUUCUUUCUUCUUCCUCCUCUGAGAAUUCAAGAUGUUUUGGCGCAUGGCUGGCUUGUCUACUGCGUCUCCUGUGGAGACCAUUUUGGAUAGGGACAAUUUCACUUUGGAAGAACUACUUGAUGAAGAUGAAAUUAUACAAGAAUGCAAAGCUCUUAAUAGUCGCCUUAUAAAUUUUUUGUCUGGAAAAGCACAGGUUGAACAAUUGAUACGUUACAUUGUUGAAGAAGCUGCUGAGGAUGCUGAAAAGAAGCGAACUUUCAAGUUCCCUUUUAUUGCUUGUGAGGUAUUCACCUGCGAAGUUGAUGCUAUACUCACAACUCUUGUAGAGGAUGAGGAAUUGAUGAGUAAGUUGUUCUCCUUUUUGGAGCCAGAUCACUCUCAUGGCAAUUUACUUGCUGGAUAUUUUUGCAAGGUAGUUGUAUGCCUGUUGUUACGGAAGACAGUUCCUUUUGUGCAAUAUGUUCAAGCUCACCAGGAAAUUGUGAAUAAACUAGUCGAUUUGAUUGGAAUUACAUCUGUUAUGGAGGUUUUGAUACGCUUGAUUGGUGCUGAUGAGCACAUGUAUGUAAAUCAUGUGGAUGCAAUGAAGUGGAUUGAAGACACCGAUGUGCUUGAUAUGAUUGUUGACAAGUUCAGUUCUUCAGAUUCUCCUGAGGUGCAUGCUAAUGCAGCAGAAACCCUGUGUGCUAUUACACGAUGUGCUCCAGCAGGGCUUUGUUCCAAAAUAAAAAGCCCGAGUUUCAUAGGAAGAUUAUUCCGGCAUGCUCUGGAGGACUCUCGGCCAAAAUCUGUUCUUGUUAACUCUCUGUCCAUAUGUAUAUCUUUGCUAGAUCCUAAGAAACUUACUAUUGGAGGAUUUAAUGCAUAUAAAAUGAAUAAUGGCUCUACGGUAACUGCAAAUCCUGAAACCGUAGAUGGCAUGCUUGAGAACCUAGGUGAUCUACUCAAGCUUUUGGAUAUUUCUUCUGCCGAAAGUCAGUUGCUAACCACCUUUGGCAAGUUACAACCACCUCUCGGAAAACAUCGUUUGAAGAUUGUAGAAUUUCUAUCGGUCUUGGUAACUGUUGGUAGUGAAGCUGCUGAAAAGAAAUUGAUUGAUCUUGGAGCAGUACAAAGAAUUAUAGACUUGUUCUUUGAGUACCCAUACAAUAACUUUUUGCAUCACCAUGUUGAAAAUAUCAUAAUUUCAUGCUUGGAGAGUAAGAAUUCUUUUCUCGUGGAACAUCUUCUCCGUGAUUGUGAUUUUGUUGGGCGAAUUAUUCAAGCAGAAAAACAUAACACGUUGGAAUCUGGUGCAAACAAGCCAACAACACAUGCUGAAAACAAAGCACCACCUAGGAUAGGAAGCAUAGGACACUUAACUCGCAUAUCUAACAAACUUGUCCAGUUUGGCAAUAACAACAGUGUGAUUCAGGAACAUUUGCAGAGAUACAGUGAAUGGACAGAUUGGUACAUGAACAUUCUAUCAAAGCGGAAUGCUGUGGAAAAUGUCUAUCAGUGGGCAUGUGGGAGACCGACAGCGUUGCAUGACAGGAAUAGGGAUAGUGAUGAGGAUGAUUACCAGGAUCGGGACUAUGAUGUUGCAGCCUUGGCAAAUAACCUAAGUCAGGCCUUCCGUUAUGGUAUUUACAAUAAUGAAGACAUUGAAGAGGUUCAUGGCUCACUUGAACGAGAUGAUGAGGAUGUCUAUUUUGAUGAUGAAUCUGCAGAGGUGGUUAUUUCUUCUUUACGGUUGGGAGAGGACCAUGAAAGUGGGUCUCUCUUUACGAAUUCCAACUGGUUUGCUUUCGAGGAGGAUAGAGAUCGGGCAGUCAAUGAGCGCUCAACUGCCUCUCUUGCUUCUUCAUCACCUAAUGCUGAGGAGAGUGCCAUCAAUACCAGUAGAGAUGAUAAUGUAACUGGGGGUGAAGAUGAGGAGUUAGCAGACACUGCAACAUCAUCACCUGAAGCAAUACAAAAAUUAGAAAAUGACGGAACUGAAAAACCAGUUGAGUGGGUUGAAUGGAGGGAGUCUUCUGAUGUUGGUGACCCUUCUGGUCUUCCCAAUGGAGAACCUGAGAUCAAAUCAGGGACCAUAGAUCCUGACACAACUAAGCCAUCAUCUGACUCAUCUGGUGAUCCGCCUACAAAGGAUGAACCAGUGGAUACUAAACCAUCAGAAUCUCUUGAUGAGAGACCAAGCACUGAAACCUGUGAACCAGUUCAAACACAAAGUGAAAAUCUGGAUUUACAUGCUGCUACUUCUCUGGAUCAGGAAUUGGUUGAUGGUCAGGACAAGAAGCAGGAUACAGCAGAUGACAAAAAAGUGACUGAAAGUACAAGUAGCUAAUGUAAAUUCCUGUGAAUUGCUAGGGUGGCUAACUAUGCAACAUUUAACCAGGUGGGAAGAUAAAUUCUGGAGUUUGGCUGGCAAAUAGGACACCGAUGUGUGCUCUUUCAAUUUUUAAUAGGAAAUAUUGAUUUGUUAUCCCCACCUAGUUCUGAAGCUAGAGAUUCACUGUGUAAUGAGCUUUAGCUCAUGCUGUUAGGUGCAACUGAAUUCUUCACCUGUUCAUAUCAAUUUUUAGCUCGUCCAGUUAGGGUGCUACUGAAUUUUCACCUCUUUCAUGAACUGUUCAUAUAAAGUACGUCUCGUCAUUCCCAGUGUUUAGGUCUGGAAAUGAGUUCCUUGCCUUGUCUUGUUCUUUCUCUUAAUGUAACCUUAUAUGAUUUUUUAUAGGAAGGGAAGUCCCUUACUCAACUGGUUAACUCAAAGAUCAGGUCGCGCGGAUUGUUACUACCAGAUAGCUUGAUGAGUGCGAGUUGCACUUGUGCUCCAAGGGAACAAAUGAAGAGAUAGGGUAUGUGUAGUUGAGCUCUCAAUAAAGUUGUUAAAAUUAUACAUUUAUACUCUGGAUUCUGAAACC